UGUUGUAAAGAACACAUUACUUCAUUUAUACUCCCCAUCUGACGGCAGUAUAAACUACAAAUCCCUUCGAGACUCAUGACGUCAAUCAUUCUGAGACCACCGAAGCGCUCGUACAGCUCGCCCAUGGAGCACGCUUCACAAGUUAGCAACGCAAUCAUGACAACUUCCACGGCAGUUCUCCAGGGAUCGGGCGCCGGUCGGCCCGUCGAUUCGACGCUGUGCCUUCAUCGGCACCGACGACCGCCGGCGGCGGCUGACGGCGGCUCAGUGGCGCGGCGCCCCAUGCGUGGGUAGGAGGGGUAUUGGUGGUGCGCCGCCGACGUUCGUUCUUACGACGGUGGACGUGUGUGCUGCUAAGACGUGCUUUCCGGAGGGAGGGAGCGGGCAGCUCUGAGCGGUGCGGAACUUCAGGGAGUCUCGAACAGGAUCUCCACUCCGGGUGUUGCGGAAGGUCAUUUGAGUCACGAAUGUGACAAAGUCCGUCUAUGUGACGGGCGUGAUAGAGGAAACGUGACACCACCGCGGACCCGAUGGUUGUGUCUUAGACGAGUUCGCAUUGAAGCGGUCGGUCCGGGCGCGACGACACGAGGAACAACGCAGACGCCGGAGUCAGUGGAAGAAGGUCCGAGAAGGACGGUCCGUGGUCUGCUGAGGACUGUCUACAGUCCGCAGAGGACUUUAGCUUCGACGGUGUGUCGAAGACAGGAAAAAACUUGUGAUGGAAGAGAGGUGCUCAUAUCCUUGCAAUGAGAAAAAGCUGGGAAGCACAAGAGCUGGAGGCAGUUAAAACGAGUGUAAAUGAACGGCAUUGGCUUCUUGAUUUACGGCGAGUCUCGAAAGAUCUGUGCAUAGGUACCGCUAAGCUGUGAAAUGCGGUCUGCAAUGAGCUGUGCCCAGCUGAGUUUAUGUGAGCUCCGAUUAGUCGUAGUGCUCAACUGUGAGCACCGAUGAGCUGCAGUGCUCAGCUGUGAGUUCCUGUGAGUUCCAGUGAGCCCCGAAAGGCUGUGCUCAUCUGUGAGUUCCGGUGAACACCGACGAGCUGUGCUCAGCCGUGAGCUCCGGUGGGUCCCGGCUGACAACGGAGCGCUGCCAAGCAGAAAUGAGGACGGCCCGAGUCCUCUGGGCGCUCAUCAUGUCGACUGUGACCCGGGCAGCUCCAGACCAGAGUUGGAUGCGCCAGGUCUUCGAGCCUCCCUUCUUUGAUACCACCACACCACGUAACGUCACGGCCCUUCAGGGAAAGACGGCUCAUCUUCACUGUAAAGUGAAGCGCCUCAACAACAAAACGGUCUCGUGGAUUCGCAGUCGUGACCUGCACAUUCUGACCACGGGCACGGACACGUACGCCAACGACGCCAGGUUCCAAGUGGCGCGCGACGCGGCCCGGAAUGACUGGACGCUGAUGAUCAAGUUUGUCCAGGCGAGCGACGCUGGCCUGUACGAGUGUCAGAUCUCCACUCAGACGCCCAUAUCGUACCCCGUGUACCUGAGCGUCAUAGUGCCCGAGUCGCGCAUCCUGGGCCCGCCGGAGAUGUAUGUUGACGUGGGGAGCGUGCUGAACCUGACCUGUGUGGUCACCAACUCGCCCGAGCCGCCCAAGUACAUCUUCUGGUACCACGGAGAUGAGGUGGUCAGUUACGACUCGGGUCGGGGCGACAUCAGCGUGGAGACCCGACAGAGCGGCUCCCAGCUCAGCUCUCAGCUGGUGGUGCGCCGGGCGCGACCCUCCGACUCGGGCCUCUACUCCUGCAGUCCGUCGAACGCCCAGUCCGUCAGCACCCGCGUCCACGUGCUAAACGGCGACACCCCAGCAGCAAUGCACACCUCCGGAGCAGUCGAAAAGCGGACCCUCAUGCGGCGUGUGCUCAUCUGGGUGCUGGCGGCCGCGACCUUCGGACACUUGCUGGGUCCCUGAGGUGUCGGACAAUCCCUAGCAAUGCGACGGCUGCUGACUGCUGAUGGCAGCGGCUCUGUGCUUAUACCAGAGACGGUACAUGGUUGAGUGGGACGUGGGGCCACUGCACUGGUCCAAAUUAUUCGACUGAUUCGAUCCGAGUCGUGUGGUAAACUGGUCUGAAUCACGUGACUGAGCCGGCCCGAACCAAGUGAUAUACCGGCCCAAGCCACGUGAUAUAUCGGCCAGAGCCACAUGAUAUAUCAGCCCGAACCACGUGACUGUGCAAGGCUGAUAUCCCGACCAGCCGUCUGCCUGAGGGUCAGUGGCCUCAGGGGUCCGGUAUGUACCCGAGGAACUGAGGACCGGCUGGUAUGGUCUAAUGGUGGCUCGGCCUAACUCAAUUGUCAGCCGACGCGUCGUCCGCGAAUGGUCAAUGGCUCGCCGCAGUCGACCGCGCCGCGUGACGGGCUCUCAUAAAAAGGAGAUAAUGUUACACACGGUGUGUUCGUACAUGUACAGUUACAUAAAACUCUACCCGUGUCACGCAAAUUUAAGGCGGUAACUGUGAUGUGUGGAAACGAGUUGUGGCCGUCUGAUGAUAAGUUUAGAGUGAUAAAAAUGUGGCAGAAGCGUAUGGAGACUGGACAUUUAGUGAUCGUCAAAUCGUGAAGAAGCAUGCGUGCAGCCAUAGGCGUCCAUUUCUGCUGAAUUGCAGGUGCCCGAGCAUUACAAAUCCGCCGCGACCUUAGCGGUGACCUUGACACGUGCCGUCUGUUGCGGCUCCAAAAGUCAAGCCGACGUGGAAUUGGGAGGGCUCGGGCACCCAGAAGUCAGUAGAAAUUGACACUUCUGCGUGCAGCUGUACCAUAUCGAUGUCACUGAGAUCACCAGAGUGCAGUGUACAUAAAAGACGUCUAAAGAGUAAUGUUUUUGUAUGUAACUAGAUAUAUUCAUUUCCCGUUUGCAUGAAGACAGCAUGUAACAUGGCCAAGAUGUUGCCUCAGUCAAAGUUGUGCUCUAUUAUUUUGGUACACAGUGAUCAAAUGUCACUAUUAAGAUUGAAUCACGCUGUUUCCGCUUGCUCCUUGUCGAAAAGCAGCGAUCUAAAAUUAGCCGACUCGUAAAUAUUUGCUAUCAAUGUUCGACAGUUUGUACCGACUAUCAUGACUGAAUAGGAAUAGUGAAUGAAAGUACAUCGGCUUUUAUCGACGGAUAAGAUGUUGCGGAACUAACACAUAAUUUUUAUUUUAUCAUUGUCUGUGUGUCUUGAGUGUGACAUCAGGAGCUCAUACCAGCUAUUAGUUGGUCCGACAUUGCUACUGUUUGAACAUUUGGUAAAAGAUGUGAGACAUCAAAUAUACACGUGGGCAUC